GGGGGGUCGGUGCCGGCAUGGACGUUUCAGGGCAGGAGACCGACUGGCGGAGCGCCGCCUUCCGGCAAAAGCUGGUCAGUCAAAUUGAGGAUGCCAUGAGGAAGGCUGGCGUGGCCCACAAUAAAUCCAGCAAAGACAUGGAGAGCCAUGUGUUCCUGAAGGCCAAGACCCGGGACGAAUACCUCUCUCUUGUGGCCAGGCUCAUUAUCCACUUUCGAGACAUCCAUAACAAGAAAUCUCAAGCAUCUGUCAGCGAUCCUAUGAAUGCACUACAGAACCUGACUGGCACCCCUGCCGCAGGAGCUACUGGACUUAGCAUGGCUGCUCGGGGUCCAGGGCAAUCCCUGGGUGGGAUGGGUGGCCUGGGCACCAUGGGGCAGCCACCUCCAGGAACCUCUGGAAUUGCCCCACACAGCAUGGCCGUCGUGUCUACAGCAACACCACCAACUCAGCUCCAUCUCCAGCAGGCGGCGCUGCAGCAGCAACAGCAGCAGCAGCAGCAGCAGUUCCAGCAGCAGCAGGUGGCACUGCAGCAGCAGCAGCAGUUCCAGGCCCAGCAGAAUGCCAUGCAGCAACAGUUCCAGGCGGUGGUGCAGCAGCAGCAGCAGCAGCUCCAGCAGCAACAGCAGCAGCAGCAGCACCUCAUUAAAUUGCAUCAUCAGAGCCAGCAGCAGAUCCAGCAGCAGCAGCAGCAGCUGCAGCGGAUGGCACAGCUACAGCUUCAGCAGCAGCAGCAGCAACAGCAGCAGCAGGCACUACAGGCACAGCCGCCCAUGCAGCAGUCACCAAUGUCGCAGCCUCAGCCUCCGCCUGCCCAGGCCCUGCCACAGCAGCUGCAGCAGCUACAUCACCCACAGCACCACCAACCACCGCCACCACCCCAGCAGCCACCGGUUGCCCAGAACCAACCCCUGCAGCUGCCACCACAAGCCCAAACUCAAUCUCUGGCAUCCCAGGCACCAGCCCUGACUGGACAGAUGCUAUAUGCCCAGCAGCAGCUUAAACUUGUCCGUGCACCAAUGGUGGUGCAGCAGCCACAGCAACAAGUGCAGCCGCAGACAGCCGUGCAGACACCGCAGGCCACUCAGAUGGUCGCCUCUGGAGUCCAGAUGAUCACCGCAACCAUGGUCCAAGGCGGGAUGCAAGUAAGAGCCCGGUUCCCACCCUCCACCGAUGUAUCAGCCGCACCGCCAGGCACCCUUCCCGCAGGUGGACAGCCCCCGGCUCAGGUCAGCCAGAGCAGCCUCCCCAUGCUGUCCUCGCCAUCACCAGGACAGCAGGUGCCAACUCCACAAUCCAUGCCCCCACCUCCCCAGCCAUCGCCACAGCCUGGCCAGCCUGGCUCACAGCCCAACUCCAAUGUCAGCUCCGGCCCCGCCCCGUCCCCUAGUAGCUUCCUGCCCAGCCCCUCACCGCAGCCUUCCCAGAGUCCAGUCACCGCACGAACCCCGCAGAACUUCAGCGUCCCUUCCCCUGGGCCCCUCAACACCCCAGUGAACCCCAGCUCGGUCAUGAGCCCUGCCGGCUCCAGCCAGGCCGAGGAGCAGCAGUACCUGGACAAGCUGAAGCAACUCUCCAAGUAUAUUGAACCGCUGCGGCGCAUGAUUAACAAGAUUGACAAGAACGAAGAUAGGAAAAAGGACUUGAGCAAGAUGAAGAGCCUCCUGGACAUUCUAACUGACCCCUCCAAGCGAUGCCCCCUGAAAACACUGCAGAAGUGUGAGAUCGCCUUGGAGAAACUCAAGAACGACAUGGCUGUGCCCACACCACCGCCACCCCCCGUGCCGCCAACCAAGCAGCAGUAUCUGUGUCAGCCCCUCCUGGAUGCCGUCCUGGCCAACAUCCGCUCACCCGUCUUCAACCACUCCCUGUACCGCACCUUCAUGCCGCCCAUGGCAGCCAUCCACGGUCCACCAAUCACGGUCCCCUCCGUGUGUACCCGGAAGCGCAGGUUUGAAGAGGAUGAGCGCCAGAGCAUCCCCAAUGUGCUACAGGGGGAGGUAGCCCGGUUGGACCCCAAAUUCCUGGUGAACUUGGAUCCCUCUCACUGCAGCAACAACGGCACCGUCCACCUGAUCUGCAAGCUGGAUGACAAGGACCUCCCAAGCGUGCCACCCCUGGAGCUCAGUGUGCCAGCCGACUACCCCGCACAGAGCCCACUCUGGGUUGACCAGCAGUGGCAGUACGAUGCAAACCCCUUCCUGCAGUCGGUCCACCGGUGCAUGACUUCACGGCUGCUGCAGCUCCCCGACAAGCACUCAGUCACAGCGCUGCUCAACACCUGGGCACAGAGCGUCCACCAGGCCUGCCUCUCAGCCGCAUAG